UCAUCACAUUGUCUGUUUGAGGUGGUUGCUUAUCAUAUAGGUUUUUGAUUGAUUAAUCGAUCAGAACGAAAAAAAAGAAAGAAGUUUCCAGAUUAUUUUUUUUUUUAAAAAAAGGUAUAUGACGUGUUUCUUUGUGAGAGAAUUAAAUGUUAAACAGUGGUUGAUAUUUUUAUUUUUAUUUUUGUAUAUAGAAAAACAGACAUCAUCCACGACAUUCCAUUCUGCAGCCGCAUUCUAUUCAUUCAUUCAUUCGAAAUUAUUAUUAUUAAUUGAUUGAUGAUGAUGAAAGGAAAUCUUAUCAAAUUAUUUUUAGUAAUCAUUUCGUUUACAUUCACACAUGAAUGUAUUGCACAAUCUCCAGCAGCAGAUGAUACGAAACCAAAAGGACCGAAAGCAACGGAUAUUGUUACAUUCGACAUAACUAUUGGUGGUGAAUCGGCAGGUAAAAUACGUAUCGGUCUUUUUGGUAAAACCGUACCGAAAACUGCAGAAAAUUUUAAACAACUUUGUAUUAAACAUCAGACUGAGAAUAUUGAUGAUGGCAAAUCACUUGUCGGCUAUAAAGGUAGCAUAUUUCAUCGUGUAAUUGCCGAUUUUAUGAUACAAGGUGGAGAUUUUACACGCGGUGAUGGUACCGGUGGUCGUAGUAUUUAUGGUGAAAAAUUUCCGGAUGAAAAUUUCAAAUUAAAACAUUAUGGUGCCGGUUGGUUAUCAAUGGCCAAUGCUGGUAAAGAUACGAAUGGAUCACAAUUUUUUAUAACAUGUAAAAAAACACCAUGGUUAGAUGGCCGUCAUGUUGUAUUUGGCAAAGUAUUGGAAGGAAUGUCUGUGGUGAGAAAAAUUGAAAAAUUGGAAACCAAUCCACAAGAUCGUCCACAAAAAGAAGUGAAAAUUGCCGAUUGUACCGUGGAGACAUUGGCUGAACCGAUUUCGGUUUCACGUGAUGAUGCAACUGAUUGAAUGAUGAAUUUUUAAUUUCUAAAAGUUUUCGGAACAACAAUCAAUUCAAAUGUCUUUAAAUUAA